UCUAUUCUCAGCAUCGUCUUGGAAAUUUCCCAUCGAGUCCAAAAUCCAGAUGUUGUCGUCGUCUUUGACUCAUCCUCAAAGAUUCGAUGUGUUCUUGAGUUUCAGAGGCAAGGACACUCGCCGGACUCUAAUCAGCUUUCUCUACAAAGAGCUUACUAGAAAUGGUCUUCGAACUUUCAAAGACGACAUGGAUCUUGAGAUUGGCCGUCGUAUCUCUCAAGAAAUCUCGCUCGCAAUCCAAAACUCGAAAGUAGCCAUCGUGGUGGUGUCCCUGGGCUAUCCAGAUUCGGGAUGGUGUCUCGAUGAGCUCGUGGAGAUCAUGGACGCUGAAAGAAAAGGUUCGCUCGUCGUUAUCCCAAUCUUCUACGACGUGGAUCCUUCUCACCUGAGGAGACAAAUCCGAAAAGUCGCCAAACAGUUCAAGAAGCAUGAGGAGAGGGAAGAUCAACAAACUAUGGUAUCAUGGAGACAGGCACUCGUUAGUCUGGCAGCUAUCUCCGGUCAAUGUUUACGAGAUUGGAAAGAUGACUCGAAGCUGGUUGAAGAAGUUACCAAGAAAACAUUCAUGUUAUUAUUCUCUGCAAGACCACCACCAUUAUUACUAAGUAAUAUUUGUUGCAUCACAAGUGUUUUUUACAUGAACGUGAUCGACGAGGUUUUUAGAACCCUUGUUGAGCAAAUGAAAGAUAUCAAAGGUUCAAAAGUAGAGAAUCACAAGCUAUGUGCAUCGGUAUAUUACCGUAACAUUGAUGAGAAGGAUUGGCCAGUCAUUGCUCAACGUGUUCAUGACCACUUGAAACAAUACCCUCGUUUGCGUUUAACUCAUGGGAGAAAGGUUUUGGAGGUUCGCCCUGUGAUAGACUGGAACAGAGGAAGAGCGGUCGAUUUUUUAUUAGAAUCUCCUCGUAUGCAUAAUAAUCUUUUAGUGUAACGAAUCUGAAUCCAUAUUUCUUGAUUAUGACGGAUUACAAAGAUAAACUCUGAUUGUUUGAAUACAAACCGACUUAUCAAUCUCCUGGCGAUCAAGCAUAGAUCCAUGAGACUCAAAACCUAUAUUCUUAAAAAAGAAAAGAAAUAUAGAUCAUGGCCUUUCUGAUGUAUAGUAACAACAAAAGACGCAAGAGAACUGUAUCAUAUAAAGUUAUAAAACAAAAACCAGAUCCAUUAAAAAUAUUACAUGUCAUCUUCGAUCCAAAGUGGCUUCUUCUUCUUCUUCAAUGUUUUUGUAUCGAAACGUGACUGAUUAUUCGUCUUUUCACGUAUAAGCAGAGACAAAGAAGCACGAGUGUCAUCAGUCCCUACCAAACCAUUUCUCUUUUGGGUUAUCUCCAAUUUGGGAAUAGCAGCGACAAGACUUGUAGCUGGAGGAGAAGCUCGUGGGUAGAAGAAGUCGGUGGGGAAGAAACUAUAUUGAAGUCCGGCCAUUUUCUAUUUUUAAUGUUUUCUCUUUUGUGAGUUUUAGGUUUGAGAAAACUUGUUCUCUGUGCUAAGAGUCUAUUUAUGGGCAAAAUGGGAGAGAGGCAGAGAGCUGACUUUUACCUAAAUGCGGAAAGUUAGG